UUCACUGUCAGUUAGUGUGCGGGUGACAGACAAACAGCGGUGAGCCUCCAAAUCCAGCUCCAAGUGUAAACUAUGGAAGAGAUUAACAACAUUGAAGUGGUUCCGUGCACAGAGUCUCACUAUCUAAAGCCGUUCAGGGUGCACUAUAGCCAGAACGGCACGAAAAAAUCCUGGGACUUCAUGCGAACCCAUGACAGUGUAUCCGUGCUGAUCUUCAACACCACCUCACACUGUUUUGUCCUCGUCAAGCAGUUUCGUCCAGCUGUAUACAUGUGUGAAUGGGAAAAUGCCAAGACGCAGCCACCAAAGUCUGCUGAAAAAACCGAGGAGGGUGCCGCCGAAGCCGCGGCGGAAUCUCAGGAGGGCCAGUCGGCCUCAGAGGGGGAGAGCUCUUCUCAGUGGCCGCCCGCCUCAGCCGGGGUCACCUACGAACUGUGCGCCGGACUGGUGGACAAACCUGACCUCUCUCUGGAGGAGAUUGCCCGCCAGGAGGUGCUGGAGGAGUGUGGCUACGAUGUGCCAGCUUCCAAGCUGAAGAAGAUUACUUCCUACAGGUCGGGUGUAGGUGUAACGGGUGCCAAGCAAACCAUGUUUUAUGCCGAGGUGUCUGACGACAACUGUGUCAGCCCAGGUGGAGGUGAGCCGCGGGAGGGAGAGCUUAUCGAGGUGGUCAAAGUACCUCUGCACGAGGCCAUGACGUUUGCCUACGACGAGCGUAUACCCAAAACCAUGGGGGUCAUUUUUAGUUUCAUCUGGUUCCAUAAUAACAUGUCUCCUAAGUACAAGAUCUCCACCAAUGUGUAACUAGUAUUAAAAUAAGCCCUCUUUCUACCAUUUAUUCCAGAUUAAAUCAAACACUGGCCCAGCACACUCACUCCUCCCCUUAUAUCUCUUCAUCCUCUAUUGCCUUUUUGCUUAUUGGUACAUGAUGAAGGGUGGGCCCCUUGUCUUGUUGCCAACUGGUAUCUUUAAAGUUUGUCCUAUUUGCUUUUUUUUUUUUUUUUAUUUUUUUAUGUGGUCAUAGUGUUUUUCCUAUAUACAAAUUUGCCAUAGCUGGUUGUCACUGGCACUUUUUUCUCUUCUUUUUAUACGUGAAUCAUUUCAUUUACUGUGCCAUUUGUUAUCAGUGGCUCCAUAUCAUAUUUAAUUUGCCUGCCCUUAAUUAAAGGAAUGCUCCACUGAGUUUUUUUUUUUUUUUUAAUGUGGAUUUUUAAUAUUAUCUACAUAUGAUAGAUAGCCACUAUCUUUAAAAUCAAUUUGGCUGAGAAUUCAAAGCUUCAUAAUACUGUCACAAUAUUGUAUUUUCUAUGACUGUGGAAAUACCUGAAAACUAGACAAAUAUGGAGGCCGCUGAACACCGUUGUUCAAUUUAAUUAAAACCAGUUUCAAAAUUAUAUUUUGUCAUUGCACAGUAUUUUCAUUUUCACACAUCUGACUCUGUACACAAUCAUUUUGAUCAUGGGAACACUUGAAAGUCAAAAACAUUCCUCUUUGUCAUCUCUCCUACAAUAAAUGCGGUAUUGAGCCAUGAUACUAAACACCAGCAUGCCGCUGGUUAGCUUUAGUUUGCCAACAUUUCCACUGGAAUCAUGCUCCUGAAAAAAUAUUUCCUUUUCUGAACAAGUUUUAAGACUCUGACUAUACAAAGCACGUAUACAAUGGCUACUUUUUUGCACCAUUUACAAUGUAAAGGUACAUAGAUGAUCUUAUUAAAAAUAAAAUUAAAAAAAAAACAAAGCAGUGGAGUAUUUCUUUAAUCCAUGAUCCAGUAAUGCAAAAACUAUACUAGUUAAUUAUGGGGCCUUGUAAUGAUUGGGGUAUUCAGGCAUUCCCCAUUUAAGUUCUGAAUCACAGCCUUCAAGCAAUACUUACCUAAGUACUCCAGGCUAAACAAUCACUCAGUAUCAUUAAAAUCAGCUUUCACCCUUUUCAUGAAAUUCUUCAUGAAGUCAAACUAGUUAGCAAACACCUGCCUCUGCACAGAGGGCCUCAUUUGAAUUAAUUUAAUUGCGCUGAAGCACAGUCCUGAUUAAAAGCAGACUAUUCUUAGUUGGAGACACUUAAAUCCACUUUUUAUGACGUCUUCAGAGAUGGCUGUUCCAAGCCUGUAACACAUCAGUGACAUCAG